AUGAAGCGGCAACACUCUUUACUUGAACAAUGUUUAAUGAAAUGGAAAGAUUUUACUACAACGAAACACUCAAUACUACUGAAAUCCUCACAGUAUAUAAGUAGUCAAAAUAAUAGACUAUUAAAGGAGUAUUUUCGUCGUUGGGUAAACAGCCUUCAUAAUAAAAAAUCACAAGAAAUUACUAUCAAUAAUUUUCACAGAUUGAAAACUAUACAAUGCUUAGAAAAGGUUUUCACCUCAUGGUUGAAAUGGUCUCGUAUUCAUCGAGAGCAUCGUGUACAAACACAAAUUCUUGUUAAUCAAGGUGUACAGUCUCUACGUAUUCCCCUAACUCAGGCGUAUUAUAACCAUUGGAAAUCCGUAUAUAAUUGCUGCUUAAACAAUCGUCUGGCACAAAGAUUUCAUUCCAUGCGUCUUCUUGUUCAGUGUUUCAAUGGUUGGUUGGUAUAUUCUAUGGGUAGAAAGAAGAAACUAAAGCUGAAACAUGAUGCACACUGUUUCAGGAAUCAAAGAAUACAGAAACACUUCUUAAAUCUUUGGCGUAUAACACUAAUUGAGAAAAGGAAUACACAAACUCUGGAAUCCAUUGCUGUUAUCCGUUGGUCAUUAUGCUUACAAGCACGUGUAUGGAAAGCUUGGCGUCUAUGGAUUGAAUGGAGGCAUGAAAAGGCGCAGAGACGUAAACUUGCUGUUCAACGAUUUAUUGAACGUCAAACUGUUGACGCUUUAAGAAUGUGGAUUUCAAUUGCACUGGAUAAACGUCAUAAAAGGCACAUGGAGUAUUGUUCAAAAUUUUGGAACAACAAUACUCGUCUGUACAACUUAGUACUUCGUGUUGGUACACAUUGGUAUUGGAGGACUUUUUCAAAACGUCGUCAUAGCAACGGCGACAACAGCAACAACGACCUUGUUGAAACAUGUACGGAUAGUGCUUAUGAUGCUGUUUUACAAUUAUCUGAUAAUUGCCACAAUAACCAAUUAACAAAAUACAAUAACAUAUUUAAUGAAAAUAUUAAUUUACUCAAUGGAAAUAAUAAUAACAAUUAUCUGAAUAAACUGCAAAGUUAUGAACUGACACCACCACAAUAUCCAGAUUUUAUUCUAUCGGAAAUUGAAUCACUCGAAGUAUCAACUCAUGAGGAAUUUCCACCCAUAUCGACGCACACUUCUGCAUUUGACGACCAGUCACAGUGUGAAUUCAAAGAUGAUAAAGAAAUAGGACUCUCCACUCCUGAGUCUCGUGUUAACUUCAAUGGGUCAGAUGUGGACACAAUCAAUUCAUACAUGAAUCUGCUAGAGGAGAAAAUAUCAUCCUAUAAGAUGAUGAAAACUAAAUAUGAAAUCAUGUGCAAACGUGUUUAUUUACAAGAUGAAACUGAAGAUUAUAAAGAGGAGCAUAUCAAGGCUGUAUCCUUAAAAGAUAGUAUAAAAGUCGAAAAAUCUGCCUGUUUGUCAAUUAUCAAAGAGCUACGACUUCUUCUCGGUGGAUUGGGAUCUCCGUCAACAACGUAA